AUGACCCUCUGUACAACAUUUGCAGAGCUCGACAUCUGCAAGUUCAACAUGGCAGCCAGUGUGCUGCCCUGGACGCGCAGUCUCGCCUAUCUAGAACAGAAAAGCCUCAAUGGAUGUCGAUUCUGCACCCUGCUAUGGGAGGUGGCUUCAAGCAUGAGGAAAGGUUUCCGCAAACAGGAAUAUGAACAUAUUACGCCGGCCAAGAAAGCUUUGCCCGACACAUGCCGCUGGCUUCGACUUCAUGUUAGAGGAACUGGCACCAACAAGGAUAAGCCUCGGCUCAAUACGGUUCAUGUGGUCCUGGCCAAUGACAAGUUUGCGAGUUCGACCGUGGAUCAUAUCAAUGUUUUGAUCACAGAGGAGUUCACCAAUUACGAGAUAUGUCUUGCCGCAGACGAUGAGAGCCGGGCAUUGCAAAGUGGAAUGCUAGGAGGGAGAUAUCUAGGCACAGACAGGGACACUCCUGAGUUUUACGAGAUGCUAAACCAGUGGUUGGAUCAAUGCAUGAACGGCGGUCGGGCACACACGGCGUGUGCCAAAUUGACAUCAGGAGACGCACGCCCAAAGCCCUCGGAGUCACCUCUUCCAACGCGGUGCGUCAAGGUGACAGAGAACCAUGUCUGUCUAGAAAACACCGGCGGUAAGAAGGGAAAGUACAUCACGCUGAGCCAUAGGUGGCAUGACAACACGUCAGCAUGCAAUACCACCGUCUCAAAUCUCGGCGACCGUCUAAACGAGGUGGACGUGCAUAUGCUCACUCCGACUUUUCAAGAUGCCAUAGCAGUUGCUCGGGGCCUCAAAAUCUCCUAUAUCUGGAUCGACAGCCUCUGUAUCACCCAAAGUGGAGAUAACGGUCAAGACUGGACAGAAGAGGCAACAAGGAUGGGAGAUUAUUAUCAGCACUCACUCUUCACAAUCUGUGCCAUCAGUGGAGCAGAAGAGCAUGGCUUCUUGGAGAUGAAGAGCCCGGGCAUGGAGUCUAUUGCCCAGCUGCCGUUCUUUGAAGACGGGAAGCGUGCUGGUCACAUGUAUGCGUAUCGACGACCACUCAAAGCUGAGAGGCUGUUCUCUCGUGAUGUUGACUAG